AUGGUCGACCUCCCCGACCCCACCAUCGACCUCGACUGGAGCGGCUACGUCGGCGCAAUCCACGAGAUAUUCCACAAAAAUGCUCAGUCGCAUCCCGACCGACCCUGCGUGACCGAGACUAAAAGUCAGACGACGCCAACGAGGACAUUCACAUAUCGCCAAAUCAGCGAGGCGUCCAACACGAUUGCCAACCACUUGCAUGAUGCUGGAAUCACCAAUGGAGACGUUGUAAUGAUCUUUGCUCACCGUUCGGUUGAGCUGGUCUGCGCGUUCAUGGGAACCCUCGCUGCUGGAGCUACAGUAACGGUGCUUGAUCCUCUCUAUCCUCCUCAGAGACAACAGAUCUAUCUGGAAGUUUCCCAACCCAAGGCUCUGAUUUCUAUCGGCAAGGCCGUAGACGAGAAUGGUCCUCUUGCUCCUGUAGUACAGAAGUACAUCGACGAGGAAUUAUCCCUCAAGACACAGCUCCCGAAUCUUCGCCUCAGUGACGCCGGCGUGCUGUCUAGCGGCGAACAAGAUACCGAAGAUCUGUUUGCCAGUGUAAGAGCCAAGGCCUCGUCUCUCCCCGACGUCAUCGUCGGCCCCGACUCCAACCCCACCCUUAGUUAUACGUCUGGCAGCGAAGGAAAGCCCAAGGCUGUGCUGGGACGUCAUUACGGCUUGACAAGAUACUUCCCAUGGAUGGCAGAGCGUUUCAACCUCUCAUCUGAGAGCGUCUUCGCUUGCUUGUCUGGUAUCGCUCACGACCCCAUUCAGCGAGAUAUCAUGACGCCUCUCUUCCUCGGCGCUCAGCUUCUCAUUCCUGCCAAGGAAGAUAUCCAGCACGAGAAGUUGAGUGAGUGGAUGAACGCUUGGUCACCCACUGUAACUCAUCUGACCCCUGCCAUGGGACAAAUUCUGGUCGGUGGAGCCACCGCCAAGUUCCCUUCCCUGAAGCACGUCUUUUUCGUUGGAGAUAUCCUCACCACUCGCGACUGCAAGGUGCUUCGCAAGUUGGGCCCCUCAUGCGCCAUUGUCAACAUGUACGGCACCACCGAGACUAGCAGAGCGGUCUCCUACUUCGAGAUCCCCUCCGCCGAGGCCGACCCGACAGCUCUCGACUCACUUGGUGAUGUCGUCCCCGCAGGUUGGGGAAUGCACAAUGUUCAAGUCCUCGUUGUUUCUCGGGAUGACCACAACAAGAUGUGCGGCGUCGGCGAGGUCGGCGAGCUGUACAUCAGAGCGGCUGGUUUGGCUGAGGGUUACCUCGGCGAGCCAGAGAAGAACAAAGAGAAGUUCAUUGAGAACUGGUUCGUCGACAACGCCAAGUGGGUGGAAGCCGACAAGGCCAGCGCAAACGGCGAGCCGUGGCGACAAUAUUACAAGGGUCCCCGCGACAGACUGUACCGCACAGGAGAUCUUGGUCAGUACCUCCCUUCGGGAGCUGUGCAGAUCCGUGGGUUCCGUAUCGAGCUGAACGAGAUUGAUGCCAACUUGGGAGGAAGCCCGCUCAUCAGAGACUGCAAGACUCUUGUUCGCAGAGAUCGUAACGAGGAGCCGAAUCUUGUCAGCUACAUCGUGCCUGAGAUCGCGGAGUGGAAGCGCUGGUUGGAGGCUCAGAACCAGGAGGACGUCGAAGACGAGGGCGUUGAAAUGGGAUCGAGCGUGGUAUACCUCAAGAGAUUCCGCAGGAUCCAGGCCGAGGUGCGAGACCACCUCAAGGCUCGUCUGCCAGUCUACGCGGUACCCUCCACGUACAUUGUGUUGCAGAAGCUCCCUCUCAACCCCAACGGCAAGGUGGAUACCCCGGCUCUGCCUUUCCCCGAUACCACCGAGAUGAUGGAGGAUGCCUCAGAAGAGGACCUCAAGAGCUGGGAGGCUCUGUCUGAGACGGAAAAGACCGUUGCCGCGCAGUGGGCAACCCUCAUCAAGGGACUGAACGAGAAGACGAUCAAGUCCGAGUCGGACUUCUUUGACUGCGGUGGGCACAGUCUUCUGGCUCAGCAGCUCCUCCUCAACAUCCGCAAGAACUUGGGCGUCGACAUUACCAUUGGUGUCCUCUAUGCCAACCCGACACUCAGCGCGUUGAGCACCCAGAUUGACCGCCUCAAGAGCGGUCAGGCACCCAUGGUGGACAAGGCUGCGGAAGCAGUGUACGCCAAGUCGCUGGACGAGCUUGUCAACACUCUUGACGCCAAGUACCAGAGCGCCGACCCGGCGGCUUUGAGCCCGUCGGCCGGUGCGACGUUCUUCCUCACUGGUGCCACUGGUUUCUUGGGCGCGUACCUGGUUCAGGAUAUACUUAGCAGACAGAACACCAAGCUCCUCGUGCACAUUCGUGGUGUCAAGGAUACUGCUGCUGCCAAGGAGCGCCUCACAAGAUCACUCAAGGGCUACGCCUUGUGGCAGGAUUCAUGGGCCGACAGAAUCGACUGUGUUCUUGGUGACCUGUCCAAGCCGCGUCUCGGCCUGGACGAUGCCAGCUGGAAGCAAGUCGCUGAUAAGGCGGACGUGAUUGUCCACAACGCGGCGUACGUGCACUGGAUUGCGCGCUAUGAGCAGAUGAUGCGCAGCAACGUCCUGUCUACCAUUGACGCGAUGAAACUUUGCAACGAAGGCAAGCCCAAGAUCUUGUCCUUUGUGUCAUCUACCUCGACGCUGGAUACUGAGCACUACGUCAACCUUUCUGACAAGGAGACGGCAACUGGUCGCGGAGCGGUCCUUGAGGAGGAUGACUUGCAGGGCAGCCGUAGUGGUCUCGGUACUGGCUACGGCCAGACCAAAUGGGUCUCUGAGCAGCUUGUUCGCGAAGCCGGUAAGCGCGGCCUCCGCGGCGCCGUCAUCCGUCCCGGAUACAUCCUCGGUAGCCGUCAUGGCGGUGUCUCCAACACGGAUGACUUCCUCAUCAGACUCUGCAAGGGUUGUGUCCAGCUCAAGGCCCGCCCGCGCAUCGUCAACUCAGUCAACGCCGUGCCUGUAGACCACGUCGCCCGUGUCGUCAUCGCCGCUGGACUCAACCCCCUCCCCGGCGUCAACGUCGUCCACGUGACGGCGCACCCGCGCCUCCGCAUGAACGAGUUCCUCUCGACGCUGAGCUACUACGGCUACGACGUCCCCGAGGUCGACUAUGAGGAGUGGAAGACGCAGCUCGAAGAGUUUGUGUCGGCUGGUGCCGUCGAGAAGGAUCAGGAGCAGAGCGCGCUGAUGCCGCUGUUCCACAUGGCUACGUCUGACCUGCCCUCGACGACGCGCGCACCCGAACUCGAUGACAGAAAUGCCGUUGCUGUUCUCAAGGCCGAUGCUGAGCGCUGGACUGGGGUUGAUGAUAGUGCGGGUGAGGGUAUUACCCGCGAGGACAUUGGACGGUAUCUGCGGUUCUUGGCCGAGACCAAGUUUAUGCCGCUGCCCACGGGCCGUGGACGCGAGCUGCCCCCAAUUCCGGCCGGAGUUGCAGAGGCUCAGGCCCAGUUUGGUGUCGGUGGUCGCGGCGGUGCGGCAUAA